AACGACCAAGAUCGCGCGCUUCGACAUGCUUUCUCCGGAAGUACAGCGGGAAGGCUUCUGCCCUCGCCAUUCCCAUUUCCACUUAUAGUGCGCCUUGCAGCCACCUUUCCGCGAGGAGUGCUUUGACUGUUGUUGUAGUUACAAGUUGAUCAUCGUGGCUUUAUUUUUAUUUCGCGUGCUUUUUGCAGCAAGUAAACACCAGCUUUUCGGAACUACAACGAACAUUCCCUUGACGGGUAAUUGGAAUGCCUGUUUUGGUACUAAGCAAUCUAGCAUACGAAAUUCGUAGUCGAACAGCCCGAGAAAUUGAAAAGGUUCCAUCUUUGCUCCUUCUCUAUCGCGAGGUAUUGCUGGAAAACAACGACUACUUACGAGAAGUAAAACGCAAAAGAACAAGUAAGACUGGACGAUCUACAUGUGCACUCGUUAAAGAUCAUUUAGAUUUACCAGAGCCACGCCCAGUAUUUUUCGCACCAGCAUUAGAUCAAAAUGGGCACGGACCACGACGGAGAGAACAAGGACAUCACCCUCCGGGAUGUGCUUCGCGACAUGAACCGCGUGUCGAUGAAGGACAAGCUGCGCCAGAAGCUCCGAGAGCACGAGGGAGAAAAGGACGAGGCCGGGGCUUUGAUCAUCCCGAAGCGGCUCGGCACGCAGUGGGUGUGGGAAGCGGGCACGGAUAUCAACCCGCUGAAAAAGAUGGUCGUGGAGUGGUUCCCGAAGGACGAUGGCCCGGCGGCGAAAAAGCAGAUCGAUGACGAUAUGCAUUUCAAAUAUGUCUGGGUCCGGAAGGAUGCAACUUGUGAUGCACAUUUCACACAACACAAAGAUCUGUCACGCAUGAACAGCGAACGCGCACGCGGCCCAAAACUUGGCACCAAAAAAGGGGAUUUGUCAUGCGGAUUAGGCAUUGAGUUUGAGACACGCACACGUUCUCAGGACCUGUCAUGCUAGGGCUUACGUGCCAGACCUUCUGGGUCACGCAAAACCUGCAUGACAAACUUCUGCAUUCGUCCAGACCCAGACAUAUUUGCAUUUGAUACACGAGAAUUUGGAGCAGGACGCUGGGGGCUAUUCCGCUGGCCGCGGCGGCAAGGGCAGUGUUGAGCAGCAGGCUGACAAAGGUGCGGCGAGUAGUAUGAAGAGCGUCAAGAAAACGAAAAAUAACACUCCCGCUGCGGGCGCAGCCUCGGUCUUGAAGGCGGAGAAGAAGGGAAAGAAGGAGAAAAACCAGAAGCAGACCAGCAAGUCUACUUCCACCGGCGGUGCUGCUAGUGUGAAGAUAUUAAAUGCAAAAAUGUCUGGGUCUGGAAGAUUGCAACUUGUCAUGCUGUUUUUGGACUCGAAAGAAAUUUGCAUUGCAUGAUCAGCAAGGGAGUCUAAUUUGUGCUACGCUGGGAGGGCAUUUGUCAUGCGGAGUAUGCAUCAGGAAGCCCUCUAAAAAUCUGUGAUUCUAGGUCGUGCAUUACAGACAUUCUGGGUCAGGCAAAAUAUGCAUGACAAACCCGGCAACAUUCCAGACCCAGACAUUUUUGCAUUUGAUAGAAGAAGAAGAUGAGCAAGAAAAAUAACAAGGCCACCGCCUCCUCCUCGUCCUCCGCGAUCGGGAAGAUGAAAAAGAACAAAUCCUCGCUCGCAACAGCCGCUGGCGUAGCGAAGUCGAAAGGUGCUGGAAAUUCCGCGAGCAGUUCGUCGAAAGCCGGCGCCGCAGCGGUUGUGGGGGAUAUUUUCAACGACACGACGAAAAAUAAAUCGCGAGCUUCGACGGGUAGGGGCACUACUUCCAACAAGCGCAAGCAAAAUUUGUUGGAGGACGAUGAGGGGACGUCUUCCGAGGAAGAAGAGCUGGAGGACAGCGAACAGAUGAUAUGCGAUGGGCAAGUAUCGGGAUCAUAAGUACAACUAUAUAAGUUGCAUAGCGUGACAAAUUUUGAUUUAUUUUUUCCCGAUGAGGAAAUUUCAAUUUGUAAUGCAAUUUUGCAGCGAUUAUAGCAAAGAUUAGGUCGUGAUACUUUUGUGAUGCAUAGAUCACCAGUGACGACGAGGUUGAGUUGGAUGUUAUCCUGUGUAAAAAAAUCAAACGCUCUCAGCCACGCACUAUGUUUGUCAUGCUGAUCAUGCGCCGUCACGACGCACAGUAGAACUACAACUACGUCAUUCAGUUAUUUCUUGUCGAGCUAUUUCUUUCGUGAUUUUCAUGUACUAGAGGUGGAGGUGCCCAAAUAUUGUGGCACGUGCUGAUUCUGAGCAUAGUAGGUGAGCAGCGUCGUUGUUUAAUAUUUUACACAGGAUAGUACAUGAGAUGAAUGUGGGAGGCGAAUAUGACCCGAACAACUCGGAGCACUCGGUUAUGGUGUGUAGCGACUGUUUUACCUUUCUCCUCUGCACUUGCAGAAGCGCAGUAGAGACUACAGUUGUCGUGACUUGGCUGUAAAUGCAUCUCGGCUACCACUUCUGAAUUAUGGAAAACCGUUUUAUCAGGCUCGUCAAGCUCAAGACUUGACAAGGCUCAUAACACGGUUUCCCAUCAUUGAUUCUACUUUUUGAUUUUUUGCAUCUUGAGCAAGAUGUGAAGUGGUAAAAUGGAGUUGUCCAGCACAAUCUCACUGACACUGACGCCGACCCCCUCUGAGACGCCUGCGAAGUAUCCGGGCGAUGAUGACAAAGAAAAGGCGAAGCUGUUUUUGAAGCGGCAGAUUGUACUAUUUUAUAGACAUUAUUUGUUUUUCAUCUAGAUGCUGAUAGCUGCUCCUGCUUUUACUUUCCUCCCGAGUCGUUUUAUUCUCAACCACGACGUGCAUGCAAUUAAUAGAACCAUAGUGUACAAGCAUAAAUAUGGGCAUGCCUCACAAAAAUACCCCACAGGAAAACAUCGAGGACGACUGUAAAAUCAUGCUAAAAUCUCGCGUAUCAAGCGAAAAAUGAAAAUCAAUCCCCCUAGCCCUAACCCGUAGCAGCUCUCCUCCUGUUCCAUCUGAUGUCAGUCGCUGUUCCUGGUGUCGAUCUGACGACAACCUUUCGGCAGGAAAGCAACGCCUUUAAAAACAAUAGGUAAACGAGUUGUAGUCGUUCUUCCUAGUUACAAUAUCAGCCCAUACGCACACGUAUGAUAUUUAGCAUUUUUGAAAGAGGGGAAAGCUGGGGUAUUUUUCGCACUUUGAUACGUGAAAAUGAUGAAGCGGCACAUCCUGAGCAAGAGGCGGAAGAUUGAACGCCACAAAGCGAUAUCAAAUGAAAAUUUGUCUGGGUGGUCGGGAAAGUUGUCAUGCGAAUUUGCUGUGGAUGAUGAGUGGACAUACACACAGCGACGAGUAUUUUUACGGACGCGCGCAUGAGAAGUUUUUGAGCGAGUAUAAUGUCUUCGUGCAGCGUAGAGCGCAUGACAAAUGCAAAUCGCGUUUUUACUCUUACUCGACCUCCCAGACAUGCUUUUUUGAAGUGCAUACAGGCAGCUCCGCAAACUGGAAAGUGGCGACGAAGACGAUAUGCUGUGUAAAAACUUUGUAGAAAAAAUGAUCGCCCCCAUGCUUCUCUCUAUACAGUUCAGUGAGUUCAAUACUCUUACCAAUAGGAUUUGCGUUCUUGCUGCAAUCUUGCAUAGCCACUUGUUCGUGAAUCGUGCCCGGAGUGCAUUGAGCGCACGACUUCCACCGCGUUUGCACAAUUAUGGGAAUGCAAGUUUCUAAUCCUGACUAUACUUACACACCACGGCAACUACGUCAUCACGACAGAUUUGCAUGACAAGCAUGGAGAGGGUCAUAGUUCGGUUUUUCCACAGGAUACGAGACUUGAACCAGAACCACAGCGGAAGCCGGGUGGGUGAUGGCGCCGCUAGCGAGGAGGUAUCCUGUGCAAAAGUAUCGCAUUCGUAUAAAUGCAGGUUUUGCAUUACAAAUCUUUAUCUUGAGGGAAAUCCGCAUUACAAAUUCUCUCUCUCAUGCUGAGGAAAUUUGUAUAUGCAUUUAUACGGGCACGAUACUUUUGCAGUUCAUAGGAGGGGUUGAGCGGCGAUGAUGAAGAUGACGAGGACCUGGGUCCUGAUGAAGAGGAAUCGCAAAAAUCUGCGGAUGAAGAUGAGAAAAAUUUGGACCAGGACGCGGAGGAUCAGGUUGGCUCUGUGAAAGCAGAGCCCCAACUACAACAACCGACGAAAAACCAGUCUGGAGGUGCCGCACCGGGGUCUUCCUCUUCUUCUACUGGGGCUGCAGCUGUCGCGGCGGCUCCGGCGGCCGGGGCGUGA